AUGAAUGCUCCAGAUAGAUUUGAACUAUUUAUACUACCAGAUGGAUUAGAUAAAGUGAAAAUAACACCAGAUACAAAAGUGCCGAAUGCUGCAAUAGUGAAAAUAGAAAGGGAAGAUCAUACACUAGCGAAUCUAUUAAGAGCUCAAUUAAUAAAAGAUGAAAAAGUUAUAUUUGCAGCAUAUAAAGUUGAACAUCCAUUAUUUGCAAAUUUUGUAUUAAGAAUACAAACAGAAGAUGAUUAUACACCAAAAGAAGCAUUAUCAAAAGCUUGUAAUUCAUUAAUUAAUGAAUUAGAAAUAAUAAAAUCUAAAUUUGAAGAUGAAUGGGCUUUAAAAGUUUUAUUAAAUAAUGAUGAUGAUUAUUAA